CUUCUCGCUCUACCACCGCUUCUCUUGACUCCCAAAACCCUAGAAUUUACUCCUCAGCCCAAAACCCUAGGGACGAGCUCCUCGGGUCGGGUGGUUUCGACCCGAUUGGCUAUCUUAUGACCCAUUUAGCGUCUCGAAGGGCUAGUGGUAUCAACUUCGAGUUCGUGAUUGAAGGGGGUAAUGGGGGUAGCGGGUUAGGGUUACCGGCGAACAUAGGGGACUAUUUUAUUGGGCCACAUUUUGAAGAAUUGAUCCAACAAUUAGCGGAAAAUGACCCGAACCGCUAUGGGACCCCACCCGCAUCGAAAUCAGCUGUUGAGGGUCUGCCCAGUAUUAAAGUUAAUGAGGAAUUGCUUAAAUCUGAGCUGGCACAGUGUGCUGUGUGUAAGGAUGAUUUUGAGCUAGGGUUAGAUGUGAAACAGCUGCCAUGUAAGCAUGUUUAUCAUGAGGGUUGUAUUCUCCCGUGGCUUGAGUUGCAUAAUUCGUGCCCUGUUUGUCGAUACGAGUUGCCAACGGAUGAUCCUGAUUAUGAGAAUAGGGGAAGGGAUAAUGCAGGUGGUGGGGAGUCGAGUGGUGGGGGCGGCAGUGGUGGUUCGGGUUCUGGAGGAAGUGGUGGGGCAAUAGGAGGAAGGUUUACUACUAUAGCGUUGCAAUGGCCUUGGGGGAACUUUGAAGGAUCAGAGUCUCGUGGUGGACAGCAGAACAGGGAGUCGAAUUAGGUUAAAGGGUACUUGGCUUCCUUCCUUGCAGCGUGUAUCAUGCAUGACAAAGUUGGAGGAGUUUUUGGCUAGAUAACGAGAAACUGCUAAAGCCCUACAAAGCUAAAGGGUUUGAUUUCAUCUCUUAACGUAGAUACAGGGUCUACAUAAUUUUAGAUAGUAAUACAAGGUUUUUGUCUGAACAGUUUGUGUCAAUGUCCAAAGUUCUCUUUUGUGCGCCAUCAAUCGUGAAUAUUGUGGAUUGCGUUGAUCUCAGAUCUUUGUAUUGAUUGACCUCUGUGCUGCUAGUUGAUGAAUUUCUUUGCUACAUAUAUUUCGUUCAGCAUAGGCCUAUAAUGCUAGUGGGUUUGUUAUGUUUUUGUGGAUUUGACAUUCAAAUGCAUAGGGCUUAAUAUCAUUAAUGCUAUGCUCCUGAAUUGAAUCUUGUCAAAU